AUGUCCCCCGUGCCGGGGCCAGCCCGCGGCCGCUGCCUGCGGGACGGCCCGGGGCAGGACGGCCCGGGCUCGGCGCUCUGCAGAGGUGCAAGCGGCCGCGGUUCUCGACGCUGGGCGCAGGCUGGUGGCACCGGGCCCGUGAUCGAUGGCGGCUGCCGAGCAUCCCGGGAGCGACGGCCCACCACAGGGAGUGCCCACCCGAACCGGGCAUCCUCUCCCGCCAGGAGCCGCUUCUCGGGCAAGCCCCGGGCUCUCGCACACCAGCAGCCGGCGAGCUCCGGGACACAGGCACAAAUCGCGCCCGGCGCCGAGCCGCAAGGAACCGCACGGAAGAGCGAGCCGGAGCCCGGCCGGCCGCCCUCGGGGAGCCCGGCCGGGGUCGGGUACGAGCCGGCGUACGGGCAGCCCGCCGUCCCGGCGGGGCUCCCCGCGGUGGGAACUCCCUCCCGCUCCUCCCGGUGCCCGUACGGAGCCACUGCGCUCCUCGUCCGUCCCAGCCCGGGCCCGGGAGGCGGAGGGAGCGGGCCCGGUGUCUCCCGCGACGGCAAGCGCCGGAGCUCGGUGCGCUCGGCGGAGCCCCGCACGAAGUGGGGGCACUCGGGGGGUGAAGUCCGCGGGCACCGCCGUCUCCCCUGGAAAUCGCCCUUCCCCUGGUCUCUCUACCCCACGAAACGCUUCGAGCCCAUCGCCCCGGGGGGCAGCCCAGCGCCCUGGCUGCCGGUGCUGCUGUGCGCCGCCGCCGUCUUCCUGGGCGGCGAGGUGCUGCCCUACUCGGUCUGCUCGCGGCACGGGCUGGCCAUCGCCUCCCGCACCCUGUGCCUCACCCGGCUGCUGAUGCUGGCCGCCUUCCCCCUCUGCUACCCGCUCAGCCGGCUGCUGGACUGGGCGCUGCGGCAGGAGCUCAGCGUCUUCUCCACGCGGGAGCGGCUGCUGGAGACGCUGCGCGCCGCCGGCCCCCACGGCGACCUGGUGCGGGAGGAGUUGGCCAUGGUGCAGGGCGCGCUGGAGCUGCGCACCAAGGUGGUGGAGGACGUGCUGACGCCGCUGGCCGACUGCUUCAUGCUCCGCGCCGAUGCCGUGCUGGACUUCGCCACCGUCUCCGAGAUCCUCCGCUCCGGCUACACCCGCAUCCCCGUCUACGAGGGCGACCGGCGCGACAACAUCGUCGACCUGCUCUUCGUCAAGGACCUGGCCUUCGUCGACCCCGAUGACUGCACCCCCCUGCAGACUGUCACCCGCUUCUACCGCCGCCCGCUCCACUGCGUCUUCAACGACACGCGCCUCGACACGCUGCUUGAGGAGUUCAAGAAGGGAAAGUCCCACCUGGCCAUCGUGCAGCGGGUGAACAAUGAAGGGGAAGGAGACCCGUUCUACGAGGUGAUGGGCAUUGUCACCCUGGAGGAUGUCAUUGAGGAGAUCAUCAAGUCCGAGAUCCUGGAUGAGACGGAUCUGUACACAGACAAUCGGAAGAAGGAGCGGGUGCCCCACCGGGGACGCAAGCCCCAGGACUUCUCCAUCUUCAGGCUCUCAGACAGCGAGAUGAAGGUGAAGAUCUCCCCACAGCUCCUCCUGGCUACGCAUCGGUUCAUGGCAACAGAAGUAGAGCCUUUCAAGUCCCCCUACCUCUCCGAGAAGAUCCUGCUGCGGCUCCUGAAACACCCCAAUGUCAUCCAGGAGCUCAAGUACGACCGAAAGAACAAGAAGGCGGCGGAGCAUUACCUCUACCAGCGCAACCGCCCCGUUGACUACUUCAUCCUCAUCCUGCAGGGGAAAGUGGAGGUGGAGGUUGGCAAGGAAGGGCUGCGGUUUGAGAAUGGGGCAUUCACCUACUACGGUGUCCCUGCCAUCAUGGCUGUCAUCUCCUCAGAUAACGACGUGCGGAAAGUGGGCAGCCUGGCUGGAUCCUCUUUCCUGUUGAACAGGUCACCGUCGCGGUGCAGCGGGCUCAACCGCUCCGAGUCCCCCAACCGGGAGCACAACGACUACGGGGGCAGCACCACGCAGCUCCAUAGCAGCAGCAACAACAUCUACACACCUGACUACUCUGUGCACAUCCUCUGCGACGUGCAGUUUGUCAAGGUCACCCGGCAGCAGUACCACAACGCGUUGGUGGCCAGCCGCAUGGACAGCUCGCCGCAGUCCCCCGACAUGGAGGUCUUCGACAGGGAUUCAACCAAGGCCUCGACCACGCGGGGAACCCCACAGACGCCCAAGGAGGACCCCACCACUCUCCUGAAUGAGAGGAACAGCAUCAUGUGCUGCCGCUCUGAGGGGCUGCGCAGUCCCAGCGAGUCGGUGUUCCUGCGCAUGGAGGGCAUCCCCUUCAUCCAGGAGGAGCUGGCUGACAACGAGGAGAACAGCAAGCGGCAGAGUGAUGAGUGCUGUGGCACUGUCCUGGAGGCAGAGUCCCUGGGGAAAGAGGCCAGCACCAGCUCGUCGCCAAUUAGCUCCGAGGAGACGCUGGGCAGGAGGCUGCUGAGAUCCCUCAGUGGGCGCAAGUCACGGUCAUCACCGGAGGAAGAGAAGACGCCAGAGGAGAGCUCCAAUCUCGCCCCAUUAAUCACCUGA